AUGGCCAAGCCCAGGUCUGCUGAAAGCAUUCUGCACAUAACAGAACUGGGCCAGACGUUCAGCCAGACCCAGGCCAGCACCUUGGACAGCCAAGAUGGGGUCUGGAAGAAGAGUCAGGGAGAAGACAGCAAGGAUGUGCGGAUCCUUCACACAACCAAGAGACUGAAAUCCCAGCCCCAGGUCUCUGAAAGGGCACCCAAAAGGGAUCAUAUGGAUAGAACUAUGACCCCGCCUCCAAGCAGGAAGCCCAUGACUAAGGCAGCAGAUCCCUUCAUCAAGAAGCCAGAAUCUGCAGCAGAGAUCAUUGCCAAGGAGCAAACUUCAAGGUCACCAUUUGAGAAGGUUGCAGGGUCAUUCCAGAGCCUGGCAGAAGCCACAGGCUCCCCCAGCCACAGGAGGGGCAGCUCUUCCACACCUGCUACAACAGCUGCCCCAGCACCAGACUGGGUCACAAAGGCAGAGAAGCAAAAUGACGUGGCAUCAUGGAUAGCCUGCAAGCCCAAGACCCACGUGGUGUUCCUGAAGGUGCACAAGAGCGCCAGAAGCAUCAUGAACAUUCUGUUCCGCUUUGGUGAGACACACCACCUUACCUUCGCCCUUCCCAUCAAUGGUGCCAGCCAGCUGGGCUACCUGCACUACUUCCUGGCAGAGUCUGUGGAGGGAUUCACCCUAGGCAAUGCUUCAGCAUUUAACAUUAUGUGCCACCACAUGAGGUUCCUGCAGGCACAAGUGCAGAGGGUGAUGCCAAGCUCCACCGACUACUUCUCCAUCCUGCAGAACCCCAUCCGCCUCAUGGAGUCUUCUUUCACCUACUACAAAGGCAGCUCCCUCUUCUCCUGUGCCCAGAGCCUGGAGGAAUUUCUCAGCCAGCCAGCCAGGUUUUAUAACUCCUCGGCCCCCGACAGCCACUACGCCAAGAACCUCAUGGCUUUCGACUUCAACCACAAUGGCAAUUUCUCUGCCAAGCAAAUGCAGCUGAUGCUGCGGUACAUCGAGGAGGCCUUCAACUUUCUCCUCCUUUCUGAGUACUUCGAUGAGUCCAUGGUGCUGCUGAAGGAGGCACUGUGCUGGGACCUGGACAGCGUUGUGUCCUUCCCACUCAACAGCAGGGAGGGAAGCACCAGGUCACCCCUUUCAGAGAGCACAGCAGAGAAGAUAAAGAGCUGGAACAGGCUUGACUGGGCAAUCUACAGACACUUCAACAGGACUUUCUGGCAGAGGAUCGACUGGAGCAUGGGCUGGGAGCGCAUGCAGCAGGAAGUUAGGGUGCUGCAGAAAAAGCGGAAGCAGCUGGCCAAGACCUGCCUUCAAGGGAGGGGCAGCAUAAGCCCCCACAAGCUCAGAGACAAGUCACUGGCACCGCUGCAGUAUGGCAAGGCCAUAAUUCUAGGCUAUAAUCUGAAGCCAGGGCUGGACGAGGUGACAGGGCGACUGUGCCAGCACAUGGUGACACCUGAGCUGCAGUACAGCAGAUCCCUGUACAGGAGACAGUUCCCAGAGAAGGCCCAGCGGAUUUACAAGCCAGCUCAUCUACCCAGGAUACACAACGGGACAAUGGGCUGA